GAGAAGCCGAGUCGAGAAGAGAGAGAGGGAGAGAGAGUAUGUUUGUGUGAAAAAGUGAGGGAAAAAAAGACGGAAACAAAAGAAAAAAAAACACGAAAAUCCAUCCAAGGGAAAUAAAAGGGAGAAAUAAGACGAAAACGAAAAAGAAAAACCCUAGUUUUGAAAAAAAGGAAGGGAAAACGAUGGAGGAAUUACAGAGAGAUUGAAGCUAAGAGAUGAGAAACCAUGGCGAAAAACGACGAUAGACAGACGGAUACAUGGGGUACUUGGGAAGAGCUAUUGCUAGCAUGUGCCGUUAACCGGCAUGGGACCAACAGAUGGGACUCUGUCGCCAUGGAAAUACAGACAAGAAGCUCCACUCUUCAUCCCUUAACCGCUCAGAACUGUAAACAGAAAUAUCAUGACCUUAAACGCCGAUUCAUGGCGAAAGACGAUAAAACCGACGACGGAGAAGACGGGUCCGAACCCGACGAUAAGAAGGGUGAGAUUCCGUGGCUCGAAGAGUUGAGAAAACUCAGAGUCGCUGAGCUUAGACGUGAGGUUCAACGAUACGAUGUUUCGAUCGUGUCUCUGCAAUUGAAAGUGAAAAGGUUGAAAGAAGAGCGCGAGCGGAGCUUGAGAGAGAAAGAGAGCAGUGUAGCGAAAUCAGAUCUAGAGAAAGAUUCGGAACAAGAUAGAGCUAAGGAGGAGAAAGGGGAGGUAGAUGAGCAGCCGGAAAAAUCUUCACCGGAGAACGCCGCCGGAGCACGUGUUUCCGGCGAAGAAUCGGACCGCGAAAAUCAGUCGUUCAACGAGUCCAAUUCAACGGAUCCGAAAGCUGAGAUUCGCGAUAACGGCGUCGGUGAGACGGAGAAGAAACGGGAACCGGUGGAAACGGUUACCGGAGGACCGGAUCCGGUUUCAGGCGAGUCGAAACCCGUCGGGGAGGGGUCUUACAACGGGAGUUCGGAUACGGUAGCGAAAGAGUCUGCGGCCGCCCCGCCAAUCGGGAAGUCGUUGGGAGCGGUUAAGGCCACGGUGGACGGUGACUCGCUCGAGUUAUGGGAAUCGGUUGCCGAGUCGAAAGGUGGUGGGGAGGAAGGAAUGAAGGAAAGCAGCGACGUGCAGAGUUCGGCGAGUUUGUCGAGCAAGAAAAACAGGAAGAAGACGAUUUCGGGCAGUAGCAGCGGCGAAGAGCCGGGGACUGAAGAGAUUUCUCCCGCCAUCAAACGGAUUUCUGUUAAAUCUCAGCCGUUGGUGGCUAUUCUCGAAAUUAUCCGGUCUCACAAACAUGGCUCCAUGUUUGAGCGCCGGCUCGAUAGUCAGGAUACGGCCAGGUACAGAAACUUGGUCCGGCAACAUCUUGAUCUUGAAACAGUGAGAUCGAGGUUGGAAGAAGGACGAUAUUCUGGUUGCAGCCGCAAGUUCUUCCGCGAUCUUCUUCUCCUCUUUAGCAAUGCGAUUGUAUUCUUCCCCAAGAACUCGUCCGAGUCCUCUGCCGCAAUUGCACUUCGAGACGUCGUCAGAAAGGAGAUGGCUAAAAGACAUCGGAAAUUAGAUCAGCUCGCAGAGGACCCACCUCCACCACCUCUUCCUGUUUUUCCAGUACCAUCCAAAAUCGAACCGCCGGAUUCAGUGCUUCUUAAACCAAAGCCUGCUGCUCCCAUGAUUGCCUGCCGUAAACGCAGUUCAAUCUCUGCCAAAGCUUCUACUACGACAAGCGUAGAUAGGAAAGGGGAGCAACGACCAGUAACAGCAGCGGUCGAUGAGAAGGCGGUUGUCGAUAGGAAGCAAGCCGAUGACUCAUCUGCGACUGUGGCCGAUGACAAGAAGAAGACGAGAGAACGGCCUACAACGUCGGGUGCUAGGAGCUCAAGAACGGGCAACAACAAGGGCCGUACCAACACGACCUCCGGCAAAAAUUCAAACGCGAAUGCUGGGCAAAGCACCCCACCCAGCUCGAAUCCUGUCUCGACAAGCAAGGGUAAUGCAGCUCGUGAAGGCAGUCCUGAGCCCAAAGCUGAGAGGAAGAAUAAUAACACGGCCGCUGUUGCCAAGAAGCGGAGCGCAACGAAUUUCUUGAACAGGAUGAAAAAGAGCUCUUCGUCCAACGGGACACUGUUAGAGACGUUGAAGAGCUCCGUAAAUAAUUCUAACAAUAACAAAGGAGGCUCAGGAGGUGGAGCAACCGAGCAAAAGAAAACGAGCGGGAGGAGUGAUGGGCGGAAGGAUCAGGUUCUCCGACAAGGUUCCGGCGGGAAACAAACUGCAGAGCAGAGCAGUCCAGCGAAAAGGAGUGUCGGGCGCCCGCCGAAGCGGGCCAUGGGAACGCCUCCUCUGCCCCCUCCUGCGCCGUCGAAGCGGGUGAGGGAAUCUGCGGAAACGGAAGCUGCGGGCUCCAGGCAAGCGAGGAAACGUGCGAGGAGGUGAUGGCAAUUUCUGUAAAUUAUGUGGCGAUUUAAGUUUUUAUUUUGUAACAAAAUUUAUUUUUAUUGCUUUUUUCGCUUCAUGUUAUAAUAAUACUACUGUCUUUCUUUUUUUAAUGGGGUCGUGUAACCUCUUAAAAUCAUUAAAAUA